AUGUCCUUCAGAAAUUGCUACGAUUCUACGACGUAUGGCCGAAAUCGCGAUUCAGUUAGAACCAAUUCCUCAACAGAAAGACCUACAACCGUUACAGCGAAAUAUGUCAACCCAUCCACAUCAUAUAAAUCGUCUAGUAUUCCUGUCCUCUCUAGCGAUCGCUCAGCAAGAGAGGAGACGCCUAUUUCUGCGGUUGCCAGUCGUUAUGCAAGUUACAAUAAAACAGAUAAAUCGAGUAAAUACGACAAAAAAGAUUAUAAUAAGCUCUUAGUACCUUCAGUAAACACAAACAAGAGCAGAGAUGUGAGUCCUGUGCCAGUUACUUCAAAAUAUGGUUUAAGUAGAACGUCAAGACACAUAAGUCCAGAACGAAGAACAACGAAAAGUUUGAAAGAUAAAAAAAGCGAUGUUAGCCCUGCUGAUCGUGAUAAAGACAUUCCAAGCAAGACUGAUAAGUCUAUAGGCUAUAGUAGCCUGUCAAGCUAUAAACUGUUUCCACGUGCGUCAAAUUAUAGUCGACCUGCAACUCGUACAGAAACCAAACCUGAAAUCACUGUUAAUAGAUACGCAAUUGCGAGCCGAUUAUCGACAAAUUAUUUAAAAAGCCCUAUGUCAAUUAAAAGAACUACUGUAAGUACGAUUAAUGCGACUAAAAAAGAAGCCGAAAAACAUAUCACGGAAGCCUUACAAAACGAAAAAGAAACUCAAUAUGAAAAUAAAACGGAAUCAAAGGAAAAUGAUAUUGAUAACAGUGAAAAUAACGAAGAUGAUAUCGAAACUAUUAAUGUCGUCACUCGACACACAUCCCCAACACCUCCAGGAUCAUCUGCUUAUGUUAGAAAUAGAAGAGCAGAUUUAGCUAAAACAAUUGAAAAAACAAUAACUCGUUUGCGGAAGAGACCAGAAAUGUUACACAAAGAAAUACAAUCUGAUAGAUUAGAUGAUCCAACAAGAUCGAGUAGAUUUGGGAGCACAAGUAGAUCAAGUUUAACUAACUGGUCAUAUUAUUCUCCAACUUCACAUAACUAUACAGGAUACGCAGGUAGAUAUUCCACACAAUAUUCCAAUGUGCGUGAAACUGCGUCCGUGAAUAAUUAUAAUGAUAAAAAUACUCGCAAUAAUAACACAGAGUCUUUACCCCAAGAAAAUUCAAACUAUUCUUUACAAUUAGACAAAAAUCAAGAUAAAGAGAAAAUAAGUACAAUUGAUAAUCAUAAAUUUGAUUCUAAUGAUAUAGUUUGUGAACAAAAGAAAGACGACGAUACGUCAGAAAUAAUAAUUAAUGUCAAUUUAAAACUAAAAAAGUCUAAAAGCCCUGUAGUAUCAACUGAAAUUGUCUCACCUGAAAUAACUAUAACAAAUAGCCAAUUACCACCACAAGCACCUAAAUCAGAUGGACUGAAUAAAAUAAAAAAGACUAAAUCACGUAAAUCAAGCACAGACUCACUGUCCGACUCAAGUUCAAAGAAAAAAGUAGUUAAAAAAAGAAGUAAAUCAGUAAGUUCUACUGACUCUGAGCAGUGUAAUGAUAAGACAAUUAAGAACAAAGAAUCUCGACCGAGUUCACCGGUUAAUCAGUAUUUACAAAAUGGACCUUCAAAAUUGACACAUUUAAAGACUAGAGAAAGUAAUAGUCCGGAAUCCAGUAUAACGUUAUCAACUCAAUCAUCGAUAAGUGAAGAUGAAAGUAAUCAAAAAUUGAAAACUAACGAUAUUAUUCAGCAUUUAGUAGAAGACGGAAUAACUAAACAAGCAUCACCUGUUAGAACAUCAAAAACUGAGAGUGGUACUGAAGAAGCUAAAUCAUUUUUAAUAAGAGCUUUGGCUCCUGUUACUAAUCUUUUUAAAUUAAGACACCAAGAUUCUUUUGAUAAUUCAAGGCGAGUAGAAAAUUCUACCACAGAUUUUGCAACUACAGACGUAUCUGGUUUUAUAACAGAAAAUGAAAAAUCAUCGAAGAGUAAAAAUAACACUGACAACAUUGUAGCAUCAAAUGAUGAUAAUUUAGUAAAGUUAAAAUCCAUUCGACCAAUUGAAUCCGGUGAUAAAAUAUGGCAGGUGGAAUCAGAUACUGGUAAAAAGCAUAUUAAGCAAAACGGUGAUAAACCCCGUCGUACAGAAUCUAGUAAUGACCUAAGAUGCGAAAAUCAGGCAUCCCAAAUAAAUACAAUCGAUGGUUUAGAGUCUAUGAAACCAUUAAAAAAAUACAUGUUGUGUGACGACGAAAAACCGUGGUGGUUGGAUAGUUGUGCUAAUAUACCAGAAGGUAUAGAACGUUUAACACCUCCUAGAAAGUCAUCAAGUGAUAGUGACAAAAGUGAAAAAUCUAACUAUCUGAAAGUAAGACACACUGAAUCUGGUGAACAAAAAGACAGGCGACUAAAUAAUAGCGAAAGUUCAUCAAAUAUUACUAAACGUGAUACAAAUAACUUAAGCAGGUCCAGUUCAGAAGUAAGAAGUUUUCCAUUAAGGCGAAUACGACAUAUAGAAUCAGGGGAACGUCCAUGGUGGUUAUCUAGUGAUAAAAACAUUCCAGAAGGUAUCGAAAAGCUACCAACACCUCCACCACAGCAAGAAAGCGAUACUUCAGACUCUGAGGAGAUACAUGUGUAUGUUCCUUUAUCACAGAUACCUCCAUUUCCACUUCAUUUACCCGAUGAUGAGCCGUUAGGUGAUAGAAGAAGCCCGGAGGGCUUAGAAAAUCCAAAUAAAAAUGAAAUCUAUCGGGGUCGCAGUUCACCCUACGAAAAUAACCGCAAUUACUGCAGAAAUUCAAUUCAAGAACCAUACCGGAAGGGAGCUGAUAAGUAUAUAUCACGAUAUACUGAUAUUGAUGACAUUCUAGGUACCUCUGGUCAAAUAUACAGCCCUUUUAUGGACUCUAUAUUAGCAAAAAGGACUGGACAAAUAUCUUUCGAUGAUGAUGACUGCGAAGAAAUAGACCCGACUCAAGUUCGCAUCCACGAUAGUACUCCACAGCGACCCGUUAUUAAAAAGCUGCCAUGCAGAAGUGAUAUAGUUGACUGUCGAGACGAGGAUCAGCUGGAUGACGUCACGCUGCAGGUGUUCAAGGACGGCGACUACGGCGCAUAUUUAGACCUAGACUCAACACUCGGCGAACAGGAUGAAGAACUGGAAGGAUUACAAGAGAACAGGAAAAAUGCUCUCGUUUUGCGGACGCAGCUUUCAGUUAGAGUUCAUGCAAUCAUUGAGAGGUUGCUGCAUUCGCAGGGCCGUGAACUCCGUAGGGCAUUAUUUACCCUUAAACAAAUUCUGCAGUCCGACAAAGAUCUCGUCCAUGAAUUUGUUGCAAAUAAGGGUUUGGAUUGUCUAAUGCAGGUCGCCAGUGUGGCCGAUCAUAAUUAUCUCGAUUACAUUUUGAGAGCCCUUGGUCAGAUUCUUCUCUAUGUUGAUGGUAUGCACGGCGUAAUGACACAUAAACGAUGCAUCCAGUGGCUAUAUUCUUUAAUAUCCAGCAAAUUUCGUCAUGUUGUCAAAACUGCCCUCAAACUGCUUCUAGUAUUCGUUGAAUAUACAGAAAAGAAUUGUCUACUUCUAAUAGAUGCUAUUAAUGUAAUUGAUAACACCAACGGCAGGCAACCAUGGUACAAUGUUAUGAAAAUUCUUCAAGAUUUCGAUGCCUCAGACACUGAAUUACUCAUAUAUGCGACUACAUUGAUAAAUAGAUGUCUCAAUAACGUUCCCGAUAGAGAUACAUAUUACGAUCAGGUUGACGCCCUACAGGAUCAGGGAAUGGACGACAUAAUUCAAUUGUAUAUGUCGAAACAAGGCACAGACUUAGACCUUCUCAGACAACUGCAAAUAUUUGAAGCCGUUCUUCUUUAUGAAGAUGGAGAUGAAACCGGCACCGCACUUAAACAACUAGAUGAUUCAGUAAUUACUUCAGUAAGGCGGAGAAGUCUUAAUCUUAGUACAUCUGACAGACGGAAGUCUAAAAAACAACAAAUCAGGGAAAAAGCCAAAUCACCAGUCAUCCAUCAUGUGGAGCCUGAUACUAAAUUAGCCAAUAACAUCCGUUCAUCAUACCUACCAACAAUUAUUGAUAACAAAGAGAACAAAGAACUAAGUUCAGCCCUUAAAAGAAGAAGAGACAGAUAUGCAAGACAAGCACAUCACAUUAUACAACAGCAGGAAUUAAUGAAUAACUCUGGUGAUAUCUAUAACGGUCUCUUCAGUAACAUAAACAGAGAUUAUAAAAGUACAAAUGGAACAUAUACCACUCCUACCGCAAAUUUCACAAACUCUGUUGCAUCUUACCCGAACUCUAAUGCAUAUACAAACAGCAACGGCGCACUAAACGGCCAAAUACAUUACAAUAGCAAUGGAACUAAUGGACAUUUGGAUGAAGAAAACUCUUUUAUAAACAGAGCACCAAGGAGCCUAAACUUACCAGAUGUACUGAAAAAUGGCAACCAAAGAUACACUACUGGACUUAAACAAAGAAUUCAUAAUGGGACACUAGGUCACUCUGUUACCACCGUUGAUACAUACGCUGUAAUACGACAAAAACAAAUAGAUGCAUCACCUGAAGUAAAAGAAGACAGGGGAAUAAUAAUCAAUAGAGAACAUAGUAUUAAAGAUAUCGCACAAAUGCUUACAAGGCCAGCGAGUCCAACCGCAGAUGAUAAACAACUACGAGUAGCUGAUAUGGCAGGGAUCGUUUUAAAAGCCAAAGAAGAAUUAGCUAAAUCGCAAUCAAAAGAAAUUGUUAAAAGUCCGAGCAUUGAAAAGAGUCCCAAAAUACAUGAAAUAAAAGUGUCAGAAAAUGAUCUACAUUGGGAGGAGUUAAAAAAAGGUGGUCUUAAUAGAGAAUUUCAUCUAUGUGAUCUAGACUUUUCGGAUUUGAGACAGGACUCUGAUGAUGACAUGAUAUCUCCAUCUAUUUGUUCAAUGAAUGGGCCACCACCUCCUCCCCCAAAUAUGUUCCCAUCUCUAGGAAUACCACCACCAUUACCUGGUUCAUUACCACCAAUGAACAAGCAUACUAUUCCGCAUCCACCAAGAUCAUUGUCGUUAGAUUUAUCACAGGAAUGUGAUAAUAGUACUAUUAAGAAAAAUAAGAAAACGGUAAAGCUAUUCUGGCGAGAAAUUCAAGAAAAUCCAGUUCCUGUUACAAUAAGGUCGAAAGUUGGUGGUUUCAUUUGGGAUGAACUUCCGGAAAUAAAUUUAGAUACGGCAAUGUUGGAACAUCUCUUCGAAUCAAGAACCAAUGAUUUAAUAAUUAAGAAAUUAAUGGAGCCAAAGAGAAAUCUCAUAUUAGACGCUAAGCGUUCAAACGCAAUUAAUAUAGCCAUGAAAAAAUUACCAACGCCACAGACGAUCAAGGCUGCGAUCAUGAAAAUGGACGCAACAGUUAUAGGAAGAGAAGGUAUAGAGAAACUCCUAACAAUGCUCCCGACAGAAGAAGAGAAAGUAAAGAUUCAAGAAGCACAGUACGCAAACCCCGAUUUGCCUCUCGGAAGCGCUGAACAGUUUCUACUUACCUUAGCAUCAAUUAAUGAAUUAUCUUCAAGACUAAAGCUUUGGGUCUUUAAGCUCGACUUUGAUAAUUUAGAGAAAGAGAUUGCUGAACCACUCAUGGACCUAAAGCAAGGGAUAGAACUAUUGAAAGCGAAUAAAACAUUCAAAGUGAUACUGUCGACGUUAAGGUCUGUAGGGAGUUUCCUUAACGGGAGCCAAGUAAAAGGUUUCCGCUUGGAGUACUUGUCCAAAGUAAUGGAAGUCAAGGACACAGUGCACAAACAUCCUCUGUUGUACCACAUUUGCGAAAUGAUCAUAGAGAAGUUUCCUGACAGCACCGACUUUUUUAGCGAGGUGGGACCAGUGAUCAGAGCGUCAAAAGUAGACUUCGACAUAUUGAACUCAAACUUGCAGAAAUUAGAAUCGGACUGCAAAGCAUCGUGGGAUCACAUGAAACGUGUCGCCAAACACGACGGCUCGCAGAUUUUCAAAACAAAGAUCAACGAGUUCUUGACGGACGCUGCCGAGAGAAUCAUACUGUUGGGGGUAAUUAAGAAGAGGGUAAUGAGCAGGUACAAUAAAUUCUUGCUCUUCCUUGGUGUUCCUCCCGGAGACAUAUCGAAGACCAAACCAUCAGAGUUCCUCAAGGUGAUAGCGGAGUUCGCACUGGAGUAUCGAACCACGAGAGAAAGGGUACUUCAGCAAUUGGAAAAGCGAGCAAACCACAGAGAGAGGAACAAGACUAGGGGCAAAAUGAUUAUUGAUGUUGGUAACUACUCCAACAAAAAUGGGGACCAUGUAGCAGAUACUGCACUGAAGGAACUGCUCAAAACCGAUCCGGAGACGGACAGCUUGACUGAAGGAAGGCGAAAGUCGCAACCGACCAGCUUAAAGAAGAAUCUCAUUAACGGCGACAUGACAGCGGACGAUGAGAUAAUAGAAAGUCUAGUAAGAUCGGCCACUUCGAAAAGGAGACCCGUGCCACGAGAAAGGAGAAGAAAUAGGAUCUCAUCCGACAAGAAAUAUUUUAACAGAACUCUAGAUGGACAUCAAUCUUGGCCCGGCCGAGAGAGUAGUCCCGGGUCUACAACAAACAUCCUGCAUAGAUAG